AUGUCCAAAACACCAAGUAACCACACCCUAGAUCAGACUUUAACUUGUCCUGUUAGAGGAAUUGUACUGUUACUAAAAACCCAUGUAGACAGCAGCCCUCUGAUUUCCUCAGCCCAAGGUAGUGUUCUGGGAGAGGACUCCACAUCUGCAGAUCACUGUAUCUACAUACAUACCGAGCACUGCUCUUUCUGGGGCCCCAACAGAGAAGCACAUAGUCUAUUUGUCAGGAACAUGCUGUUUUGGACACUUAGAUGUAAAUGCCCCAUUGUUUGUUUUAAUGCCAAGGACUUUGUGAGAACAGUACUGCAGCUCCUUGGUGAAGAUGAUAGUUGGAAGCAUGUUGCAGGUUUUGUUGGACUAGAUCCCAGAGUUGCUGCAUGGCUCAUAGAUCCUAGUGACACUGCACUUUCAUUUGAAGACUUAGUUGCAAAAUACCUAGGAAAGUCCAUCAUAGUUAAACCAAGCAGCACAUUUGGUGAUACCUCAAGAAAUAUUGUGAAUCAGAAUGUGUGUGUGAACCUGAGGAUACUCUACGACCUCACGAUGGAUCUCUGUUCCAAGCUGAAGGCUUAUGGCUUAUGGCAACUAUUUUGUACUUUGGAGCUUCCUUUGAUACCAAUUUUGGCAGUGAUGGAAAACCAUAAGAUUCCAGUUGACAAAGAAGAAAUGGAGAGGACUUCAGCACUCCUUGGGGCUCGCCUCAAGGAACUGGAGCAAGAAGCCCAUUUUGUUGCAGGAGAACAGUUUCUUAUAAUGAGUAAUAAUCAGCUUCGUGAGAUACUCUUUGGCAAGCUGAAGCUGCACCUGUUGAGUCAGAGGCAGCAUCUUCCCAGAACUGGGCUACAGAAACAGCUGUCCACAUCAGAGGCCAUGUUAAAUUCUCUACAAGACCUUCACCCAUUACCCAAGAUAAUUUUGGAAUAUAGACAAGUUCACAAGAUCAAGUCAACUUUUGUAGACGGAUUACUAGCUUAUAUGAAAAAGGGCUCCAUCUCUUCUACUUGGAAUCAGACGGGAACUGUGACGGGGAGACUUUCAGCCAAGCACCCUAACAUCCAAGGUAUCUCCAAGCACCCAAUUCAGAUUUCUAUGCCUCGGAAUUUUAAAGGCAAAGAAGAGGAGACCGUCACCAUCUCCCCAAGAGCCCUGUUUGUUUCCUCCGAAGGCCACACCUUCCUGGCAGCAGAUUUUUCACAGAUUGAAUUGCGCAUUCUUGCACAUUUAUCUGAGGAUCCAGAGCUUUUGAAGUUAUUCCAGGAAUCUGAAAGAGAUGAUGUAUUUUCUACCCUGACUUCACAGUGGAAGGGCAUUCCCAUGGAGCAUGUGACACACGUGGACAGAGAACAGACCAAAAAAGUGGUGUACUCUGUGGUCUAUGGAGCAGGGAAAGAGUGGCUUGCUGCUUGCCUUGGCAUCACUGUUUCAGAAGCCACCCACUUUUUGGAGAGAUUUUUGCAGAAGUAUAAGAAAAUCAAGGACUUUUCCCAGACGGUUAUUGCCCAGUGUCACCAUGCAGGCUAUGUGACAUCCAUCUUGGGUAGAAGGAGACCUCUGCCAAGGAUCUCUGCACAGGACCAGAAGCUUCGGGCACAAGCAGAGCGACAGGCAGUAAACUUUGUGGUACAAGGUUCAGCCGCAGACAUCUGUAAGCUAGCCAUGAUCCACAUCUUUGCUGCAGUGGCCACAUCCCCAACCCUGACAGCCAGGUUAGUUGCCCAGAUUCAUGACGAGCUGCUGUUCGAAGUAGAAGACACUCAGGUCCCUGAGUUUGCAGCUCUUGUCAGAAGGAUCAUGGAGUCCUUACAGCAGGUACAGACUCUGGAACUGCAGCUGCAGGUGCCCCUAAAGGUGAAUUUGAGUGUUGGACGCUCAUGGGGACACUUGGCCCCACUAUAG